ACAAGAAACGGUAGCAGCGAUAGAGUGCAGUUCGCUUUUUUCCAUGGUGUGUUUGUGUUGUCCAAAAAAUAUAAGAAAUGUCUAAGUUUAACUUGCAGAUUAUUCCGUAGAAGUAAACGGAAAAUUCAUAAUUCUUUUGUAUCUAAUUUUAGCAUAAAAGUGCACAAUCGCUGUGAGCUUUUCGUAUUUUUUUGUUGUUACUAUGAUUAGCUUAAAGCACCGUCGCGUUAGUUACAAGUCGAAUCAUCAUCCUUAAGUUUUUUUCGCGUUCCUAUUCGUCAGUCAAUGCGAUUUUUCACUCCUUCAUUACCUUUCCGUACUUCAUCCGCUCAUUAAUUUUUUUUAUCUUGCACUCGGCCAUAAUUUUUUUGAUUGUAUGUUCAAAAGUGCAGAGUUAAGAAAAUUGAAAUGAAACUAAAGUGAAAGAAAAAGCGAAAAGAAACGGCAAGACUAAUCAACCGACCGAGAGGCAAGUGGACGCAUUUCCUGCUCUAAAAAACGCUGAAUAAGAAUCAAAAAUAUACUGGGUGAAAACUUAAAAGAAUACAAUUAAAAACGUGUAAGAAGUUAUUAAGUGUUACAAAAGAUACAAGUAAAGCGAGAAAAAACCAAAAGAGCACUACGAAAAAGUUGAAUUACUACAUAUAAAGCAAUUGUCACCAGCUGCUGCUGGCCACUAAUUACGCUGACACUUGCGUUCCAAAUUUUGGAGACAACCUUAAACGGAAUGUGGAAGUUUAACCUCCGUAAAAGUAUCUAGUGAAACGGUCAAGAGGUAGUAGAGUUUCUAAGAACCUCAUUUUUUAAGUUAUUAGCGACAACAGUUGAACGCUUACCGGUCAUCGACGCGCCUCAGUUGGCUACCGUACGUCCAACCAAUCGCAACUGUACGCUUUACCAAUAUCCAUUUGCAGAGCUAAAAAGCGAUAAACAUCAACAACAACAACAAAAUCAUCAUCUCCGACCGCUGCAACAACGGAAAAAAAUGUCCAGCGAAGAGGACAAACCGCCAGCGCCGCCUGUGCGUUUGACCAGCAAUCGCGGUGGCGACCGUGUCGGCGGUGGUGCCAUCAACACGGGCGUUGGUGUAGGUGGAGGUGGUGAUGGGCCACUCGUCGAUAUGCGCCCGCUGCCCAAAGAGCCAGAUGAUCCCGAUCGCAAGAAAAAGACAUUGAAAAAUAAGAUAAAAGGUUCGAAGCCUUCGCACACAGACUCCAAACCGAAUAUAUCGUAUCCCACGAAUUUUGAGCAUACCGUGCAUGUCGGUUUCGAUGCGAUCACCGGUGAAUUUACGGGCAUGCCGGAGGCGUGGGCGCGUCUGCUGAUGAACUCGAACAUCAGCAAGCAAGAGCAGAAAAACAAUCCACAAGCUGUGCUGGAUGUGCUCAAGUGGUUUGACAAUACAACAAAGCAGCGGCCAAGUUCCAAAUACAUGACAAAUGCCAUAACGACGCAUUCAGGCUCCUCGUUGAGUCGCGUCAGCAGCAGCAGUCCCAGCAGCACACCAACCGACUCGGAGUUGCACGCUUCGAAUAGCGGCGGUAAUUUGAUUGGCGUCAAUCUCAGCAAUCUAAGCCUUGGCGGUACAAAUGCGAAUUCGAAUUCCAACACAGUCGGUUUGAUCGGUCAAUUGGGCGGCAGCAUUGGCGGUGGCAUUGGUGUGUUGCCGUCCGUGCAUGGUAAUCACCAUCAGACGCACAGCGGCGCGCUGAGUCAAUCACAUUCGUACAAUUUUGGUGGCAAUACGGCCUCCUCAUCUUCGCAACAUUCGUCCGCCAAUGAAGAUGAUAUAUUGGGUGCGCCACAACCGGCGCCACCGCCGAUUGCAUCGCGACCCGAACGCACGAAAUCGAUCUAUACGCGUCCCAUUGAGGGCGCAGUGUCGGAGGGCAUUGAACAUUUGCGCGCGGUCACACCAACAACGCCGCUGCAACAACUGCAACAACAACAACAGCAACAGCUGCAACAACACCAACAUCAGCACCAGAAUAAUGUGGCGCAACCGCAACAGCAACAAUACCGCACGCCGAAUAACGCAAUUGCGGCAACCACAGGCGUCGCCACUGCCGCAGCUUCAGCUACAAGUGCGACAACAACAACCACGUUGGAUAAGAACAAAAAUAACGAAAACCUCUAUUCUACCGAUCCGAAUGCGAAACGUUUGACGGCUACACCAGCAGCAGCGCUCAAUGCAGCAGUGCCACAACCGCAACAGGCCAACACGACACCGGCACAAUUGGUGACACCAUCAGCGGUGGCACCGAGCUCGGCGGCCACAGCAGCUACACAGCCACGCUCCGGCACCGCCAAGAAGAAGAAAAUGUCCGAUGAGGAAAUUUUGGAGAAAUUACGCACUAUCGUUUCGGUUGGUGAUCCGAAUCGCAAGUACACCAAGAUGGAGAAGAUCGGCCAAGGCGCUUCGGGCACGGUGUAUACUGCGAUCGAGUCAUCGACGGGCAUGGAAGUUGCCAUUAAGCAGAUGAACUUAUCGCAACAACCGAAGAAGGAACUUAUCAUCAACGAAAUACUUGUGAUGCGAGAGAAUAAACAUCCGAAUGUGGUGAAUUAUUUGGACAGUUAUUUAGUGUCCGAGGAAUUGUGGGUGGUGAUGGAAUAUCUACCAGGCGGUUCGCUCACCGAUGUCGUCACUGAGACCUGCAUGGAUGAGGGCCAGAUAGCGGCGGUAUGUCGCGAAGUAUUGCAGGCCUUGGAGUUCCUACACUGCAAUCAGGUGAUACAUCGUGACAUAAAGAGUGAUAAUAUACUAUUGGGCCUGGACGGGUCGGUGAAGCUGACAGAUUUUGGUUUCUGUGCGCAAAUCUCGCCAGAACAGUCGAAACGCACAACAAUGGUGGGCACACCGUACUGGAUGGCACCGGAGGUGGUGACGCGCAAACAAUACGGACCCAAGGUCGACUUGUGGUCUCUCGGUAUUAUGGCUAUUGAAAUGGUUGAGGGUGAGCCGCCCUAUUUAAAUGAGAAUCCAUUGAAAGCCCUGUACCUCAUUGCCACAAAUGGCAAGCCAGAAAUCAAGGAGAAGGAAAAAUUAUCGACAGUAUUUCAAGAUUUUCUCGAUCAGUGUUUGGAGGUCGAUGUCGAACGACGUGCGAGUGCACACGAUUUGUUGAAGCAUCCUUUCCUGAAAUUAGCACGUCCAUUGGCUAGCCUAACGCCUUUGAUUAUGGCCGCCAAAGAAGCCGCUAAAGGAAACUGAUUAAAGAAGAAACAUUAAUUUAAUUUACAUAAAAGUGAUGAAAUUAGAACUUAAAACACUUGAAUGCAACAAAAAAACAACAAAAAUUAUAUAUACAUAUAUACAUACAUACAUACAAUAUAAACAAUAACAAUAAAACUAGGAACGAAAACUAUGUAAUACAUAAGAAACACGACUAUAAUGCAACGCGAACAGAUCAAAACACAGUUACACCUGCAUAGCUGCAGUUUAUACACACGUAUUGAAAAUUGAUUAAUAUAUACAAAUACAUAUAUAUUGAUCAUAUAUUCACGUUUUAUUAAGCGCAAAGUGAGAGGAGCAGUACACGCCGCCGUUUACUUAUAGCUAUAUAAAAUAUAUAGUUUGUAUUAUAAAUUGUGCAUGAGUUUCGAAAAUGCGCCAAUGCGUUGAGCAGUCCACUCGAUACGAUACGGAAUGUGGUUACAAUUGAAAGGAUUACAAAACAUAAAUAUACGAAAUUGUAUUUGUAAUUUUCGUUUGGCAUUUGAUAUUGCUCCAUGUAUUAAUGAUAUAAUAUAAUUAUUUAUAAACUUGGCUGCGGCACUAUUUUUGGAAAAUUUUCAUUGAAAAAAAAAAGAAAGAAAAAAUUGAUUGUUUCGUUGAAAACUAAAAUAUAUUGAAAUUUAUAUAAUACAUUACUCGUACACAUUUCCUUGUAUUGUGCGAGGUUUCAAAAAUGUAUUUGCAAUUCAUUGAAGGAAAUUAAGUUUUAUUUUUGUAGGUUUAACAUUGUAUAACAACUGAUCGACAUUUUAAAUGUCUGCUUUGCGUACGAUUUUCUUUUCUUUCAUUUCAUUUAAUUUUUAUUUAAAUUAAUUACUGUUAUUAGUACUUUAACGUGAGAACACUUACAUACAUACAUACAUACAUACAUUUAACAGAGAAACUGAGACAAUUUUUGUAAGACUAUGUCAUUCUAAUUACAUACAAUUUAAUUAAUUAUAAUUAGCAUUUUAUACAUAAUUAUAAAUUAUAUUUAACGAAAGUUAAGUAAAGUAAACAAACAAACAAGCAGAAGUUACAACUUAAAACGCUCUACUACUUACUGACACCUUUAUUUAUAUAAUAUAAUAUUUGUAAUUAUAGAAAACUUAAA